UUUGGCACUAUAAAGGACAGUGCUGAGCCAUUGAGCACGCACUUAUCAGAAAACUAGUCUUUGAGACCUAAAUCUGGUGUGAUAUCAGCAAUUAUGAGGGAAAUUGUACAUCUUCAAGCUGGCCAGUGCGGCAACCAAAUCGGUGCCAAGUUCUGGGAGGUCAUCAGUGAUGAACACGGUAUUGAUCCAACCGGUACCUACCAUGGAGACAGUGACCUGCAGCUGGAUAGGAUCAAUGUUUACUAUAAUGAAGCUUCAGGUGGUAAAUAUGUUCCACGUGCUGUGCUUGUGGAUCUUGAGCCAGGCACCAUGGAUUCUGUGAGAUCUGGACCUUUCGGCCAGGUCUUUAGGCCUGACAACUUUGUUUUUGGCCAGAGCGGUGCUGGUAACAACUGGGCCAAGGGUCAUUACACAGAGGGUGCAGAGCUGGUGGACUCUGUCCUGGAUGUGGUGAGGAAGGAGGCAGAAAGUUGUGACUGCCUGCAGGGCUUCCAGCUCACACAUUCCCUUGGGGGUGGCACAGGCUCAGGUAUGGGUACCCUGCUAAUCAGUAAGAUUCGCGAAGAGUACCCUGACCGCAUCAUGAACACCUUCAGUGUGGUGCCUUCUCCGAAAGUGUCUGACACAGUCGUAGAGCCCUACAACGCCACAUUAUCAGUCCAUCAGCUUGUAGAAAACACAGAUGAGACAUAUUGCAUCGAUAACGAGGCCCUCUAUGACAUCUGCUUCCGCACCCUUAAACUCACGACUCCCUCAUACGGAGACCUCAACCACUUGGUCUCUGCAACCAUGAGCGGUGUCACCACCUGCCUCAGGUUCCCCGGACAGCUGAAUGCUGACCUCCGCAAGCUGGCCGUCAACAUGGUGCCAUUCCCUCGUCUGCACUUCUUCAUGCCAGGUUUUGCUCCCCUCACAAGCAGAGGCAGCCAGCAGUACAGGUCACUCACAGUCCCAGAGCUCACCCAGCAGAUGUUCGAUGCCAAGAACAUGAUGGCUGCUUGCGACCCACGUCAUGGCCGCUACCUGACUGUAGCUGCCAUCUUCCGCGGCCGCAUGUCCAUGAAGGAGGUGGAUGAGCAGAUGCUUAAUGUGCAGAACAAGAACAGCAGCUACUUCGUUGAAUGGAUCCCCAACAAUGUCAAGACAGCCGUCUGUGACAUUCCUCCCCGAGGCCUCAAGAUGGCUGCCACCUUCAUUGGCAACAGCACUGCCAUCCAGGAGCUCUUCAAGCGUAUCUCUGAGCAGUUCACAGCUAUGUUCAGGCGCAAAGCUUUCCUCCACUGGUACACUGGAGAGGGUAUGGAUGAGAUGGAGUUCACAGAGGCUGAGAGCAACAUGAAUGACCUGGUGUCUGAGUACCAACAGUACCAGGAAGCCACAGCUGAGGAGGAGGGAGAGUUUGAGGAGGAUGGCGAGGAGGAGUUGGCUUAAAUUUACUGUUACCACAAAUUACUGCUGUUUUCUGGUCUGUUUUUUUUCAAUGUUCCUUCCUUGCCUAAGCUUGUUUUACUGUUCAAAAUAAAAGUUAACGAGCAUGA